AUGCGUUUCUUCGCCGCUGCUGCUAUCCUAGUCGCUGGCGUCACUGCCCGUGUCACCGAAGAUGUCGAUGACUGCGUCAAAUCCGUCCUGAGCGGCUUCGACGCUUCCAGCAUGGAAGACCUGUGCAACAACAGCGAUUCCAUCGCUACUCUGAGCAGCGCAAUCGCCGACCAGUGUGGUGAAUCCGCUGCCAACAACCGCCCUGCCGAUCUCUGCGCUCGUUUCGCUGCCCCUGCCCUCGCCCCUGCUCGUCACCUCAGCCACCCCAUGGAGCGAGUGACCGAGAAGCGGGCCUACGCCCCUCCCGCCGACGCAUCCCGUCAGGUCGUCUAUUUGACCAAGACUGAGUACGCCUGCAACGCUAAGAGCACCCCCGUCGACCCCAUGCACGUCUCCCAGAUUCCCGUCCAGGUCCCUGCCCCCAGCAGCAUGGCCAAGAGCAUGGGCAACAUGGCCGGCGUCGCCACCCCUUCUUACUCCAACGGUGUCCUCGUCGCUGCUACUUCCUCUGCCGUCUAUGGCUCCCAGAUUAGUGCUGCUACUCCUACCCCCUCUGGCGCUAGCCCUUACAACACCUUCAUGGGUGCUGCGCCCCAGGUCAGCGCUGCCCACGGCAGUGUUGCUGCGCUCGCUGUCGCGGCUGUCAUGGGAUUGAUGAUUGCCCUGUAA